CCAAAUUCCAUGCUUGUAUCUGCUUCAUAACGUUGUUUUCGCUAAGGCCCUGGACUAUGAGGAGUCAUGCACUUGAUGUCAGCGGGAAGCGGAGGCUUGUCGUUUCAGCGCAGUACGUAGUGCACGGCAUUACUGACCAUCUCUGAACCAACACUUCCUCUUCAAAUAAUAAUUUGUACAAGACACUUUCAGAUUUAAACGCGCACGUAACGACGAAUCGUCGUUUGCUAUUUCGAGAGACACAAACUCGAGGUUUUAGGUAACCUGCAUCAUGAGUCAAAUACGCUUCUAAAACCGGGAAUUAUUAUCCGCCGGGGAUGGCACGUUCACGGUCUUUGGCCAUAGUCCUAGCAUGAACGCGUCACAUCCAGCGGCUCAGUGUCAGCUUCUCGGAAAACCUUUUGCCUUGCUGUCCUCGGAACACUGUGGCAAGCCGCAAGUGGAUAUCAGAAUGUCUUUAAUCUCCGUUUAGCAAUGGAUGCUGCUGGAAUCGGUAUAAGCGUUUUCUCGAAAGAAUUAUCGGCGUUGCAUUCUCGGUUACUUUUACAAUGUCACAAUCAAGGAGAUCCUGUUGAGGCUUCAAAGUAUGCACGGACAUUGGCGAUUUUGACUGAUGUGCCAUUUUAGGCACAACAUUUAUCCAUUUGUUAUCUAUCGCUGUGAAUCAUUUAUGCUAUUACCUGCUGUCCCUGCUCCCACUGAAAUAUUGACAGAACCAAAUGCAUUUCAUAGAGCAUCAAAUAAACAUUCGUUACCCGGUGUCUCAACCAGAUUUACGGUGAAUCCUGGUGCGGAACCGCGGGAACUGAGUUCCGACAAGCUGCAUCUCGCCUUGGGAAGAACCUAUCACCAUCGAAGUGGAUAUGUUGACAUUAACGUGAAGAUGGGCUUAGUUUUCGGUCUCUUGUGGCUGUUCAACAUCUUUUUGGAGGGCAUUCAUUGCCAAGGAGUGUAUGCACCUCCUACAGUCCGAAUCAUCCACUCUGGCCAUGCAUGCAACGUCGAGGAGGAGCGCUAUACCGAGCGCGUCUACACCAUCCGGGAGGGAGAGACCCUGGAGCUAGCCUGUCUGGUCUCGGGCCACCCUCGACCUCAGAUCCGAUGGACCAAAACAGCCGGUAGCGCCUCGGACCGCUUCCAGGACUCCAGUGUGUUCAACGAGACCCUGCGCAUCACCCGCAUCCAGAGACUCCAGGGUGGACGCUACUACUGCAAGGCUGAGAAUGGCCUGGGCUCCCCAGCCAUCAAGUCCAUCCGAGUGGACGUCUACUAUUUGGAUGAUCCCAUUAUAACUGUCCACCAGAGCAUCGGGGAGGCUAAGGAACAGUUCUACUAUGAGAGGACGGUGUUCCUGCGCUGCAUGGCAAACUCCAACCCCCCGGUGCGCUACAGCUGGAGACGUGGCCAAGAGUUCCUGUCCCAAGGCUUGGAUAAGGGCGUGGAGAUCUACGAGCCCUUCUUCACACAAGGGGAGACCAAGAUUCUAAAGCUGAAGAACCUUCGACCUCAGGAUUACGCCAACUACAGCUGCAUCGCCUCGGUCCGGAAUGUGUGUGGUAUCGCCAACAAGAAUGUCCUCUUCAAACUCUCCAACAAAACAGCAUCCCCCACCAUUAAGCUGCUGGUGGAGGACCCCAUCGUGGUGAACCCCGGGCAGACCGUGACCCUGGUGUGUGUGACCUCCGGGGGGGAUCCCACACCCACACUCACCUGGGUGCACAGCGCGGACGAGCUGCCCAAGAAGAGCGUCCUUAACGGAGGGACCCUCACGUUGCCCGCCAUCUCCAUAGAGGAAGCAGGCGUUUACAGCUGUGUAGCCAGCAACAACGUGGGCAACCCGGCUAAGAAGUCUACCACCAUUGUGGUCCGAGGGCUAAAGAAGGGGCGGUUCUGGAUCACGCCCGACCCGUACCACAACGACGACAACAUCCAGAUUGGCCGUGAGGUUAAGAUCUCCUGCCAGGUGGAGGCCACGCCCCCUGAGGAGCUUCUGUUCAGCUGGCUGAAGAACGGACGGCCGCUGCGCAGCUCAGAGCGCAUGGUCAUCACCCACACUGACCCGGAAGUCCAGCCAGGCACCACCAACCUGGACAUCAUCGACCUCAAGUUCACCGACUUCGGCACCUACACCUGUGUGGCAGUGCUGAAGAACGGCGGCAUCCCCGAGAUCAGCAUCGACGUCAAUAUCUCUUCGACCACAGUCCCCCCGGAAUUAACGGUGCCGCGGGACAAAUCCCCCUUGGUGGUCCAGGAGGGUGACACGGUGGAGCUCCAGUGCCUGGUCUCCGGCAAGCCUAAGCCCAUCAUCCUCUGGUCGAGGGCCGACAAAGAGGUGCCCAUGCCCGACGGCGGCCUUCAGACAGAGAGCUACGACGGCGCACUGCGCAUCGUUAAUGUGUCCCGCGAGAUGACGGGAACCUACCGCUGCGCCACCAGCCAGUACAACGGCUUCAACGUCAAGCCCCGGGAAGCACUGGUGGAGCUCACUGUGCAGUAUCCGCCGGCAGUGGAGCCACUGUUCACAGAGAUCCGCCAGGGUUUGGGUCGCGCUUUCACCCUCAACUGCCGCAUGCUGCGGGCCCACCCGUCCAAGGUGCUCAAGUACGAGUGGAAGCUGGGCACCCGGCUGCUGACCAUGGGCCAGUUGGACCAGCGCGAUGAGACGGACUACCACGUCAGAGCCCUCAACAGGGAGGGCUACGGGGAGUACACCUGUGAAGUGACCAACGAGGCCGGGGCGGGUGCCUGCAGGUUCUUAGUCACAGGGAGGGCCUAUGCCCCAGAGUUCUACUAUGACACGUACAGUGCAUUGUGGCAGAACCGGCCCAGGGUCUACGGCUUCAAGCUACAGUGGACCCAGCAGAACCCGCUGUCUGUGGACCGCAUCGUGGCCUACCGACUGGGGAUCAAACAGACGGGCCAGUCGAGGUGGUGGGAGCAAGAGAUCCCCAUGGAGGGAGCGAUCGCCAAGGGCGAGCUGAUCACCCACAACCUGACGGAGCUCAUCAAGCCAGAGGCCUACCUGGUCCGCCUCACCCCCAUCACACGCUACGGGGAAGGAGACUCCACAGACAGAACCAUCAGAUACAGUGCUCCAGUCAACCCUCACUUGAGAGAGUUCCAGUGUAGCUUUGAGGACGAGGCCGUGUGUAUGUUCACCCAGGACAAGACGGAUGACUUUGACUGGACCCGACACAGUGCUGCCACCAGAGACACCAAGUAUACGCCCAACACAGGGCCCAGCAGUGACCGAGUGGGCUCCAAGCAAGGUUUCUACAUGUAUAUCGAGACGUCUCGACCACGCCUGGAGGGAGAAAAGGCUCGACUGUUGACCCCCACUUUCAACGUCGCCCCCAAAAGCCCUUAUGGGACUGUGACAUCCUCUCCAACCUACUGCUUUGGUUUCUACUACCAUAUGUAUGGGAAACACAUAGGAGCGUUAAAUGCUUACUUACGACAGAAGGGCCAGUCGGGCGCAGACAGUUCCGUGUGGACCCUGGUCGGGAACCAAGGGGACCGAUGGAAGCAAGCCAAAGUCAACAUUCACCCAACAGCCUCUUUCCAGUUGGUUCUGGAAGGAAUUCGGGGGCCUGGGAUAGAAGGGGAUAUCGCCAUAGAUGAUGUCACCAUUGAGGAAGGAGAAUGUAAAGACCCUCCACACAACAAUCUGAGAUCACUGUCUCCUCCCACCGCGCACCAUAUAUGGCAGUUCUUGGUCACACUGACCCUGGUGUUUGUGGGUCAUCAGAGGUGACCCCUCUCUCUCAGGAGGAGCAACCUGAUGCCGGCCCCACCCCUGUGGAAGAAUCUGCAGACUUUGACUGUCUAAACUCCCAAAACUACCAAAGAUUCACUCCUCUUCAGUCUUCAGGAGAGCAGCAGCAGUCCAGCGCUGGUCCAGGGUGGAGCAUGCAGGAAACAAAAAAAACUCAGUCAAUCUUGUUUUGUUUUUUUCUGAAAUAUGCACAGAGAGCAUUCCGAGGUCAGGACUCCAGGGUCAGGAUGGAGAGCCGGGUUCUCCAUAGUAGACGCUCCAGUAGUAGGGGCUACACCUAAUUUUUUCCCCCCCAAGGUGAAGCCAGUCGAAGCAGAGUGUGGGUACCAUCAUUGUGUAUAUUGGCUCAAGGAUCGGAACGGAAUGGUACAUUUCUGUAAAGCACAAGGACACAUGAUGUGGUCCCAUUUUUUUCUUUCCAUUUUCAAUAUGUUAUUUGUUUGCUGCUUGUCAAGGCCAAGGAAUAACUAUAAUUCAUUGCUUAAUGAGAUGGGUGUUGAAGAGGUUGAUUUUAUGUUAAGAGUAUAAAUGUACGAAAUUCGCUCAAUAACCCACAUUGACCCGAAGCUAUUUUCUCAUGAAUAUGUUAGAGACUGCUAUUCCUCUUUGUGUUGUCACUUUAACCCCUUUUAAAACUCAGAGGCUGCCUAGGGUCGGAUUCAUCAAAAUAUGUAUAAACAAACACGUGCAUACCUUCUACCCAGAGGCUAAACUUCGACUGCUUAGUGCAUUAUAUGCAUAUCUUCAAGUUAAUUCAUCACAAUUAUUCCUCUGGGGUUUUUUUGGGUUUUGAGGUUGCUUAAAAUGUUGGUUUCAUUAAAAAGUGCAUACACUGGUUACUCUACUAUGUAGUGGCUGAACUAUGGUGCGCCUGGUGUAAUCAACCUCUGGACAUCUGCACUCCUCCUCACAGCCAACAAUUAGAUCCUUUUGACCUACCGUAGAGGCUUCUCUGUGUCCCAGAUGCCCUUAACUUCUACAAUGUGAUUUAAUGAACAGUGACAUGAAAUAUCUCUCUUUCAUUAUCUAAACGGGAUUGAUGAGGAUUUUUAAAGCUAAAGUGGUCUAGCUUGUAUUAACAAUGGUAAUUGCAAUCCAACCAUUUGUAUGAAAGGUUAGCAUCUCUUUUAUUUCAGUUUCUAUUACCUAGCUUCUCCUUUCACCUCCUGACCAAUCUAAUUGGUAAGGUCACAUGUAGUGCUUAAAGACCAGGACCCGGUUUCCCAAAAGCAUCUUAAGGCUAAAUUCAGCCUUAGAAACGUCUUAAGAGCAUGGUUAAAUCUCUGAGCUGUUUCCCAAAACCAUCGUUCUUAACGUUGCACUUGAAAAUGUUUGAAAUCGGACACCUGCCUCGGACCACUCGUAGAACAUGUGCGUCGUUAGAUGCUUUUUUUGCCCUCCUGCAUCACUCUAUAAUCAGAAAAUCUCUGCUAAACAUAGAAUCACAUGGUUAUCUGCAUCACUCUAUAAUCAGAAAAUCUCUGCUAAACAUAGAAUCACAUGGUUAUCUGCAUCACUCUAUAAUCAGAAAAUCUCUGCUAAACAUAGAAUCACAUGGUUAUCUGCAUCACUCUAUAAUCAGAAAAUCUCUGCUAAACAUAGAAUCACAUGGUUAUCUGCGCCGAUAAAGUUAGAUAAAGUUGACUACAAAUACAAAGUUGGCAAUGUCUUUUCAAUU